AGCAAGACGCACGAUGGAUCUGCUUAAUUCCACUGAGGGAACUUCAAACUUCUCAUCCUUUUCAGGACUUCAAACCCAUCCGGACGGGUCCUCCAACGUUCUGGUCCCUGUCGUGGUUUUGUCCCUCUGCUUCAUUACUGGAGUUCCUGGAAACAUCGCUGCAAUUGUUCUCAGGCCAAACUGGCAGCGUAUGUCUGGCCUGAGCCAGAGUUUACUGUUGAAUCUGGCCGUCUCUGACCUCCUUGGUUUGCUGACCAUUCCUAUGUGGAUUCAUGCUUUACUCUACGGCUGGCCGUCCGGCCUGGCGUCCUGUAAAGUUUUGGUGUAUUUUGGAUACAGCAGUGUUUAUGGCAGCAUGCUGACUGUAACCGGACUUAGCGUUCAGCGCUACCUGAUGGUCGUGCACCAGCAGAAAUAUCAACAGGUACGACCAAGACUAGUGUUGCUUCUGCUCUGGCUGGUUGCAUUGAUCCUGUCCAUUCCUAAUUUGGUGUUUCAGCAGCUGGUACCGGAUCAGCAGCGGGUAGACUGCCGAGCUCAGUAUGCUUCUGAUGCCCAGUGGUCGGCCGUGCUGAUGUCAGAGACGGUGACAUUAUUUGCUUCAUUUAGUAUUGUGGCAUUUUCAUACAUCCGCCUGAAGAGGAUGGUCACCCAGGCGACCUUUUUCAACAAUCCACAGACUUCCAAACUGAUUUCCAGCAUCGUUGUGAGCUUUUUUGUUUUGUGGACUCCGUAUCACGUGACAGCUGUGCUGGGUGUGGCAGCCAUAAGCCUCAAAAAUGAAAGGAUGUUAAAAUUGUACAAGUACACAUGGGACAUUGUUGCAGCAGUGACAUUUUUCAACAAAUGCCUGAAUCCAUUCCUCUACACCUUUACCUCUCAUCAUUAUUUAACCUUUUGCCACAAAAGGAAACCAAUUCAGCAGAAACGAAGAAUUCUCCAAACUCCGGACGACACCCCGACUGUAGGGUUGUAAUUUGUAAAGGAAUGAUAUGUUUUUUAAUAUUGUACUUGCAGCUUGUCUCUAAUAUUAUUAAUGAUUUAUAAACAUUUC